AUGUCACUUAGCAUUGGCAGACUUGUUCAUUAUGCAGCUGAUGCAGUCCUUGUUUCUGCCGUGCUUGCUGGUAUUAAAAGGUCCACUGGAUUAACAAUUGCCACAAACCGAAUUGAAAACGAAGAAGUUCGAAAAGUU